UUAGUUAUGCCUAGUGACUGGCGCGAGAACAGUGACAGCGAGAAGAUUGUUGUGCUGCCGGCCACACUGCAGAAGGUCAGAGAGAGAAGAAGAGGAGAGAGGCAAAUACAGGGGCAGAGGAAGAGACGGGUGGGGUGCUUGGAUGUACAUGAACAUGCCGACAGGAGAGUGUUUGGACGAGCGAUGACAGCCAUGCUGAGCCCAAAGAUCAGACAGACCAGGAGAGCCAGGUCCAAGAGCAUGGUGAUGGGCGAGGUGUCGCGGGGCCCAUGUCGGCCAGCCUCCCCCAGUCUCCAGGAGGGGGCACUGAAAGCUGGCUGGCUGAAGAAGCAGCGUAGCAUCAUGAAGAACUGGCAGCUACGAUGGUUCGUUCUGCGCUCAGAUCAGCUCUACUUCUACAAAGAUGAGGAAGAAACCAAACCACAGGGCUGUAUAACUCUGCAGGGAUGCCAGGUCAACGAGCUUGCAGCUAACCCAGACGAACCAGGAAGACACCUCUUUGAAAUUGUACCAGGUGGAACAGGAGAGAAGGACCGAGCGCCGAUCAGCCAUGAGUCCUUCCUGCUCAUGGCAAACUCCCAGACAGACAUGGAUGACUGGGUCAAGGCCAUACGGCGGGUCAUCUGGGCACCAUUCGGAGGAGGGAUAUUUGGUCAGCAUCUGGAGGACACAGUGCAGUAUGAGAAGAAGUUCGGCCCCCGGUUGGCCCCCCUGCUGGUGGAGCAGUGUGUGGACUUCAUCAGGGAGAGGGGUCUCGAUGAGGAGGGCCUCUUUCGGAUGCCAGGUCAGGCUAACUUGGUCAAAGAGCUGCAGGAGGCCUUCGACUGCGGGGACAAACCUCUGUUUGACAGCAACACUGACGUUCACACAGUGGCAUCUUUGCUGAAGCUGUACCUAAGGGAGCUACCUGAACCAGUUAUUCCCUUCUCCAAAUAUGAAGACUUUCUAACCUGUGCACAGCUUUUGUCCAAAGAUGAGGAGGAGGGAGUCCAGGAGCUUGGAAAGCAAGUUAGCACUUUACCUCUUCCUAACUACAAUCUCCUCAAGUACAUAUGCAAAUUCCUUGACGAGGUCCAGUCUCACUGUAAUGAGAACAAGAUGAGCGUCCAGAACCUUGCAACUGUAUUUGGACCAAAUAUCCUACGACCCAAAAUGGAGGACCCAGUCACUAUCAUGGAAGGCACCUCACUAGUCCAGCACCUGAUGACAAUCCUCAUUAGGGAACACGAUCGGUUGUACUCAGGGAGGGACGAAGAGGAACCCACUGUACUCCAGACAGGGCUCUUUGUGCAGGGGCAUCAGCUCCAACAUCGCAGCUUGGGAGCCUGGAUAUCUGAGGAGGACCUCCAGACCUGCCCAAUCUCCAACGCUGACCAAGAGCUGAACAGCAGUGCCUCCUCUCUGGAUGCCAAACUGUGCGCAGCCAUCACAUCCACCCAGACCCCUAACCCAAACCCCGGACCAAAAUUGGGGUCUUCGUCAGGGAAGGGAGAGACUGUGGUCAGCCCAAGUAAACAAGCCAAGACCAUGCCAUCCUGGAAGUACUCAUUUAAAAGCUCCUCAGCGCCUCGAUCCCAGCCACAAGCUAAGCAAAGCAACAGCGGCAGCUCCGUGGCUGAUACUACUAGUGUAUCUUCCGGUGGAGGAGGAAGUGGUGGUGGAAGUAAUUGGCUCAUGAAUGGUUUGUCCUCCUUGAGGGGACACCGGCGGACAUCAUCGGGUGAACGGUCUGUUCGUGACCGUGACUCCACGGGCUCCUCACAGAGACUGUCCACCUACGACAACGUCACCUCCUCCUCCAGCGUGGGGAGCGUGCCAAGUGUAUGCAACACACCUUGGUCCACCUCCUCCUGUGAGAUCUCUGGCUCUGGAAGUGAGCCUCCAGCAAACCAGAACUUAGGAGGUGGGGUAGCAGCUGUAGAAAGGGGGCAGUUUAUGGAGAGUCAGAAGGAGAGAGAGAGACUAAGUGAUGGGGGAAUAACAACAGACCCAGGCUCUGAGCAGGAAAGUUGUGAAGCCAUGGAGUUGUGCAGCAGCAGCGCAGCCUGCAGUGAGAAUGGAAACAUGGCCACAGCAGCCGGUGUCACAUCCAGUAUCAUCUCUGAGGAUGGAGUUAAUGGAACUCUGAGCAGUCUGGUGGAAGGGCUGAGGGAUGAGUUGAGGAAACAGAAGACUACCUAUGAAGCCAGGAUCCAAAAAUUGGAGGAGUCCAGUGUUGCUUUGUGUGCCCACAUGGAACAUUUAGAACAAGAGAUGGAGCAGGAAAGGAAGAAGCAACGCAUGCUGGAGAUCAAACUACGAAACUCUGAGAGGGCACGCGAAGAUGCAGAGAAUCGCAACCGGCUUCUGGAGAAGGAGAUGGAGGAUUUCUUUUCUACACUGGGAGAUCUGGCCCUGGGUGCGAGAACUAGCAACAUUUGAUCCAUCAAGGCCACUCAUCUAUCUGUGGCCAAAACUGUGGUUUUAAUUUCAGAUGGCUGUUUUUUUUUUUUAAGGGCUCAUCCUCUGCAGUGCAUAAGGGCAUUCUGUCACCAGAAUAGAAGGUAACUGACCAUAUUUAUGUACAUGGAGAUUAUAGAGGAAAUUCUGAAGGACAUAUCAAAUUGGGACCAAUGGUUCUAGUUAGAAUGAUCUCCAUUAAACACUUGAGUGAUGUUAUGCUUGAAACAAUGUUAAAAAGUGCUCCUGUGAUUCCAGUUCUUGUGAUGAGGAAUGGGAUUUGUCUUGUGAAGGCAGUAUUUUAAUAGUUCAGGUACUUGUAUGUGACUGAUGGAAUAUAAUGUAAUUUCUCUGACUAUUUCAACCACUACUUUACACUAAGUGACUGGAUUUUGUGCUAAGAUCUGUUUGAGAUUUCACUGUUGAAUGCAGACAGUUGACUGAUAUUGACCUUUAUAUUGAGUGAAUUUUUAGACAUUUUUGGAAAUAUUUUCACUUUCUUGCUGAGGGUUAGGUAAAAUGUUUGAUCCUAUUUUGUCUGUCCAUCAAAUAUAAAGCUACAGCUAGCAGACUAUUAGCCUGGCUUAACACAGAAAUCCCAGGAAAAGAGCUGGUCUAGGAGACUCUUGCAGCAGCGCUACAGUGUGCAAGGGGCUGGGUCAUGUGACUGCAUUAAGGCAGCCAAAGCUACUUCUACUGCUCGCAAGUAAGGAUGCACCGAUACCACUACUUUUCAGACCAAGUAUGAGUACUUACAUUUGAGUAUUCACUAGUAAUGAGUACUUAAUGAUGUAAUGUUUCUGCUAUAAAAAAAACAAUUACCAUAAAAGUGCAGUGGCUUCAGAGAGCUCUCAACAGAGAAGCUGAGUUUGUAGCCGGCUUUACUUUAGUUGUCGUCACUUAUUUUAAAAUAUCCUCAAACUGCUGAAAUUUCUUUUCUGCUGCCCAGCGACCGACUCAGCCAGCGGGAAGUUAAUGUAAUGCUGCCAUAAUCUGUAUCGGUCAGACAUCUUCUAUGAGUACACUGUUUCCUCUACCAUUAUAUUAGGGGGUGCCCCGCCCCCCCUUGAAGGUCAAGUUAAUUUUAUUUUCUAUAUAGCGCCAGAUCACAACAGAAGUCAUUUAAGGUUACCUUUCCUAUAGAACAGGUCUAUAUACCUUGUUCAUUUAUUAAACUAACUAUAUAGCCUUGUGUAAUGUUAUUUACACCAUGCCAUGUCAUUUCUGUCUCUACAUGGUCGCACGUUUACAAUAGUGUGGAUGCUGAGUCAGCAUCCACACUAUUGUAAGCCUGUUCCUUAUUAUUCUCAUUUCCUCCAUACUUUUUUCACAGCUGAAUAACUCCAACAUACUUUCAGCUAGACCAUUUAAAUAUCAAAAUGUUCAGCUUUUUAGGAACAUGAUGGUGUGUAUUCAGCUGUUUUGUAA